CAUUUCUCUUUUUCCGAGAAAACAAACAGAUAUGGAAGAUUAUUUUUCUUCGUUUAAUUCAUUCUUAGCUCGCUUCAGAGUUUCUGCCAAUCUGUUCCUUUCAAAAUUCGAACCCCUGGCUCUGCUCCUCGCCCCUCUCCUCACUCUCGUUAUCGCGCGUGCACUUCACUCGCUUCUCUCCGUUGUCCACGACAGAGGGCUCAAGGCUACGCUCAUAGGCGUGUUCAUGACUUCCGUCAAGUUGAUUCCUGGUGUUAAGAGUUAUAUUGAUGCGGAGAAACAAAAGGUUGUGGACAAGUUGCAAUCUGGUAGCAAAUCCAAACGAGAAGACUGGAGGACAGAAUUGCCAACCACAGGUUUUGGAGCGGGUAUUAUAGAAGAAAUGAAAGAUGCAAAAAGCAAGGAUGUUGAUUGGCAAGGAAAAUGCUCUGGUACAGUCUAUAUUGGUGGAAGUGAAUCUGAAGGACAUUUUUCUUUGAUCAAUGAGGCAUGUUCAAUGUUUGCGCAUACCAAUCCAUUACAUUUAGAUGUGUUCCAGAGUGUGGGACGAUUUGAAGCUGAAGUAGUCGCUAUGACAGCGGAUCUACUUGGCAGUAAAGAUAAAGCCUCCGGAGGACAAAUAUGUGGAAACAUGACAUCAGGAGGAACCGAGAGCAUACUGUUAGCUGUGAAAACCUCUCGGGAUUACAUGAAGAUGAAGAAGGGGAUUACCAAGCCAGAAAUGAUAAUAGCUGAAUCUGCACAUUCAGCAUAUGACAAGGCAGCACAAUAUUUUAACAUCAAGCUCCGUCGUGUCCUUGUCAAUAAGGAAUUCAAAGCAGAUGUGAAAGCAAUCAGACAGCAUAUUAACAGAAACACUAUCAUGAUUGUUGGAUCUGCACCUGGGUUUCCUCAUGGCAUCAUUGACCCUAUUGAGGAGCUAGGUAAAUUGGCUGAUAGCUAUGGAAUUUGUUUCCAUGUUGACCUUUGUCUUGGUGGCUUUGUUUUGCCUUUUGCUCAUAAACUCGGGUAUCCAAUUCCACCAUUUGAUUUCACUGUUAAGGGAGUAACUUCAGUUUCAACCGAUGUUCAUAAAUAUGGCCUAGCUCCUAAAGGAACAAGCAUAGUUCUUUACAGAAAUCAUGAAAUUAGAAAGCAUCAAUUUGUAGCUGUUACUGAGUGGUCAGGUGGGCUAUAUGUGUCUCCGACCAUAGCUGGAAGCAGGCCUGGAGCGUUGAUUGCUGGAGCUUGGGCAGCGAUGAUGUCUCUAGGACAACAAGGUUACUUGGAGAAUACAAGAAAAAUCAUGGAAGCAUCAAAGAUGAUUGAGAAAGGGAUAAAGGAGAUUUCCGAGUUGUUUAUCAUUGGAAAGCCGGACAUGACACUGGUGGCAUUUGGAUCUUCAGUUCUAGACAUAUUUGAAGUAAACGAUAUCAUGUCUCGCAAAGGUUGGCAUUUGAAUGCAUUGCAGAGGCCCAACAGCCUUCAUAUCUGUGUCACUCUUCAACAUGUACCAGUUGUUGAUACCUUCCUCCAGGAUUUGAGGGAAGCCGUGCAAACUGUGAAAGAAAAUCCAGGCCCUAUAAGUGGAGGCCUAGCGCCCAUAUACGGUGCUGCAGGGAAGAUACCUGAUCGAGGCAUGGUUCAAGAAUUGUUGGUGAAUUACAUGGAUGGUACAUGUUGAUGCUCUGAAUAUAUGCAAUGCCGAGCACAUUAAGGUUGAUUUUAGAUCCGUAAGCUCGCAUCACGGAUUCAAGUGUGCAAAGAGGUAAAGUUCGAGUCUCAUCCCAUACCCUAGUUCUGAUCCAUUUGCUUCUUUACAAUCUUUAUUGGUUUGUAGUUUGUACAAUAAGAAUGGUGGUUAAUUAAUUAAUCAUGGAAGAUAAAUGUUCAUUUGACCGCAA